CUCUGUCAGCCCCACCCUCUCCCUCUGGCUUUGGCCUCAAUAUUUUAUUAAACACUCUUUCACUUUCACCAAGCCCUUCCUCAACCUAUCUCUCCUUUUUGAUUUCUAACCUGCGCCUAUAAAUUAUAAACACAGCAACAGGGAAUUUUAUGCAAACACCACUGCUUCUUCUUCUUCUCUCUCUGUUCUUCCCUGUUUCUAUCAUUUUCUUUGCUUUUACCGUCUAUAUGAUUGUACCAUUACAAUAGUGAACAACACAAGGAGUAGGUGAAAAUCCAACAAAAAAAGGAGGAGGAAUCCUCCUUCAACACCGAGUUUAUAUUAUUUUUCACCCAAGAUUUGCUGUUUCUUUUGGUUUCUGUUUAAUGGGCCUGCUAAUUGUGUUGCUCCUAACGUGCGCCGCACUUCCAUGGGCUUCAUCAGAUCCGAGCGACGAGGCGUGUUUGACUCACUUGAGCCAAACUUUGAAAGACCCGCUGAAGAACCUGCAAAACUGGACCAAAUCCACCUUCGUAAACCCUUGUAGCGGUUUCACUUCCUAUCUGCCCGGUGCCACUUGUAACAAUGGUCGAAUCUACAAGCUUUCCCUCACCAACCUCUCCCUCCAAGGCUCCAUCUCUCCUUUUCUUUCCAACUGUACCAAUCUUCAAUCGCUUGACUUAUCUUCAAACUCCAUCUCCGGUACCAUCCCCCAAGAUUUACAGUAUUUAGUCAACCUGGCAGUGCUCAAUCUCUCAUCAAACCGUCUCGAAGGAGAGAUCCCACCGCAGCUUACCUUGUGCGCUUAUCUAAACGUCAUUGAUCUUCAUGACAAUUUACUUACCGGUCAGAUUCCUCAAGAAUUAGGCCUUCUAGCACGUUUGUCGGCAUUUGAUGUUUCUUACAACAAGCUCUCAGGGCCAAUACCAGCUUCUUUAGGGAACAGGAGUGGGGCUUUGCCAAGGUUCAAUGCUACUUCUUUUGAAGGAAAUAAGAAUCUUUAUGGGUACCCUUUGCCACCUAUGAAAACCAAAGGGUUGUCUGUUUUAGCCAUUGUUGGAAUCGGAUUGGGAAGUGGACUUGCUAGUUUGGUGCUAAGUUUUACUGGGGUUUGUAUUUGGUUGAAGAUUACAGAGGAAAAAAUGGCUGCCGAAGAAGGCAAAGUUAGUCAAUAUAUGCCUGAUUAUUGAAACCUUAAUCUGGGUUUAACUUGUUAUUCAACAUCAUUCAACUCAAAUGCUUCCAAAAAAAAAAACUCGAAAAAUUCCAGCCUUCCAGUCUGCAUAAAUUGCAGAAUCAGUGGGGAUGAUGGAUCCUGGAAUUUGGUCUGCUGGUGGCAAUGGCUUAAACUAAAUUAUAGAUAAAAGAAGAAGAAAUGGUGGGGACUGUGCUUGUAAAAAAUCCUUGCAUUUAUUAAAAAAUGCACUUGAACCUAGUUGGGUUUCUUUUUCUCGUGCGAGGUGGUGGGAGACCAGCAUCUUCACAUCAUAUGCCUAUUCGUAUUAUCGUCUAAUUUCUAAAUGGAAUGCUUUUAACUAACUCUGUACUUGAAUUUUAGAUUUGGGUAACUUCAAUUAAUAGACUAGUGGCAUUACUUUAA